GCGAUGCCUGAGAUCUAAAUAUUUGACAGCCAGAGCUCCAUAUAUGCGCCUCAGGAAGGAAACAAAUACACAUAUAUAAUCGGGAACUUAUGCCCAAUGGAUUACCACGUACUCAUUCGUCCCAUCCCCCAUCUACAAAGAGCAACAAGACCACUUCCGCAAUGCGUUUUGACCUCCAUUCCCUCGUCCUCGGUGCACUUCUCAGCGGCGCCCUCGCCCAAAGCACGACCAGCGAUACGGCCACUGCGACCGACAGCGCGUCUGCGGCCACCUCGGGCGCGUCCGGAACGGAUGCUGCGACUUCUACGACCGACGCCAGCGCAGCGGCGAGCGCGACCUCGGCGGGUCUGUCUCCCUGCGCCGCGACUUGCAUUACCCAGGCUGCGGCUGCCUCCAAUUGCAAGGGCAUUGAUAAUCUCACGUGCCUGUGCACGGACGCGACGUUCCAGACGCAGGCCGCUAGCUGCUUGGCGGGUGAGUGUAACCCCGCCGAGGGCGAAGCGGCGAUGGCAUUGCAGGUCGCCCAGUGCGCGCCCGCAAGCCUUUCCGCGACUUCGCCCCCGACAGCAACUGCGCCGUUCCUCCCGGCGAACUCCAACGCCGACGCGAGCUUUGCCCCGAGUGUCAAUGCCUCGGCGCGUAGUGCCAGUGCCAGCGCUUCAGCGUCGGCUGCCGCUGCGUCCCCUUCCAGUUCUGCCAGCACCAACACCGACAUCGUGAUGGGUGCAAUCUGGGCUGCAGCGGUUAUGAUGGUCGGUGGCGUUGCAGGUGCUUUUGUAUGAUGCAUCACCGUAUAAGAAAGGAACAGACAGAAGAAGGCAGGCGAUCGAAUUGUUUCCAGUGUAAUACCACCUAUUUCCCAGAUUCUCGAAUGGUUAAAGGUCUUUCAUGUUGUCUU